GAUAGGCUCCAGCACCCCCCGCGACGCUGAAAGGGACGAGCGGUAGGAAAAUGGAUGGAUGGAUUCUUCAUUCAUCCCCCCAAGCAACGUUUUUGCACAAAUUCCUCAGUAAAUUCCCCUAAACGUCACCGUGGAGUGUUUGAGUCUGUUUAGCUGAUUGGAGCGAGUGGGUUCAUGACGAUGACUUCUGUUUUGUUUGAUCAGCCGUUUGGAAUCAAUUAAGACCAUCUUCAGGCCGCAUUCUGACCGUCUCUUCAUUUAGCGCUUCCAUGUGGACUCCACUGACAGGGAAAUCGGGGAGCCUCUCUAUGUCAGCACAGGAGAUUGUGUGGCUCUUCCACUCUGAGCACUCACAUGCAUCAGGACAGGACUCAGCCUGGGACCAAGUGUUCAUGUGGAGGACAAACAAAGCGCAUGCUAUCACGUGCAUGUUGGAGUGUCUCGCUUUCGCUCGUCUCUGGUGGUCUUCUUGGUGACCUUCAGUGAUUCACACACUGGAGUACUUCAUCACUGCGUCCUCUGGAGUUCCAAACUUCCCAGAGUUUGUGAGUGCUGCUUACAUCGAUGGAGUAGAGAUGUAUCGUUACGACAGCAACAAUUGGAACAAAACGGAAUUCAAACAGGACUGGAUGAUGAAAAUCCUAGAAGCGGAACCGUACUACGAGGGGAUUAUAACAGACCACAAUGUUGUUGCUCAGCAAGUUUACAAAGAGAACAUUGAAAAACUUCAAAAGCGUUUCAACCAAACUGGAGGUGUUCACAUUCUCCAGUGGAUGUCUGGGUGUGAAUGGAACGAUGAGACCGAUGAGGUUAGAGGUUGGGAUCAGGACGGUUGCGAUGGAGAAGAUUACAUAUCGCUGGACAUGGAGACAUGGACAUUCAUUGCGGCAAAGCGGACAGCUUUCUCCGACAAAGUCCAUUGGGAAAAUGACCAAGUGCUACUCGACUACAAUAAGCGUUACUUCACUGAGUUAUGUCCUUCCUACUUGAAGUCGUAUCUGGACUACGGGAAGGAGGUCCUAAUGAGAAAAGAGCUUCCAAAGGUGUUCCUCCUCCAGAAGACGCCGUCCUCUCCGGUCAGCUGCUUUGCGACAGGGUUCUACCCCGCCAGUGCCAAACUGUUUUGGAGGAAAGGCGGCGAGCAGCUUUUCGAGAAAGUAGAGCAUGGAGAGAUGCUCCCCAACCCCGACGGAACCUUCCAGAUGUCUGUGGACCUGAAAGUGGAGGUGACGGCCGACGUGGAGGGCGAGUACGAAUGCGUGUUUCAGCUGUCUGGCGUCGAGGAGGACCUGGUCACCAAGCUGGAGAGAAGAAGCAUCCUGAGCAACGCGAGCAAUCAAAGCCACUUGAAAGUCGCCCUCCCUGUCACAGCGGCAGUCGCCACUGCGCUGGCCCUCAUCUUCAUCGUCAGGCGUCACAGAAGGAGACAAGCUCAACACGAUCCAGCUGCUCGCCAAGCCGGUGCCGAGCCUCUCCGAGAACGUGACGGCUAAAGGCUGAGCGAGUCAACUCACAGUUUGCACCUUCAAAUGUUCUUCGGACUUUGUGUGAAGAUGAGGAUCAGCUGGGAUUCCUGUGUUUUUGUUGAAAGGGACCUCAUCAUUUGGAGAUGAGAUGGAGAUGUGCUUUGUUCUUCAUCUGACUACUCAAAUAACCCAGAUUGGUCUUUGGCUGUUCGUGGCUUAGGAAAUACGUAAGGAUCAAACGUCGGUUGCUUCGAAAUGACUCAGUGCAUUCACGUUUCAUCACCUUGUCGUCAUGACAAGGAUUUCUUCUUUCUUUGAAUCACCGCUGCUUAUGAUCAAUAUCACACCGUGUCACACGCAGUGUUCAGAAAAACAACGUUACAAAAAUAAGAAAGCCGUUAGUUUUUCUAGUAACGAGUAAUCUAACUGAUUACUUUUAUGUACGUUACAAGGCCGUUAACCGAUACGUUUGUAUGUAACCUGGUGCGUACAAGAAAGCUUUAGAAUCCCAGCAAGUUUACUUCGGAUAGUAGUUCUUUACUACACACACUACUACUACUACUACUACUACUACAAGGAAGUAAUGAACAUGCAAUCAAGUGGCAAUCAUCAACAAUAACAAACCUAGGAGAGAGACAGCCAUUGACGCACGUUCAAUCACUUUAUUUAAUAUCAGUGGAAACGUUCCACAGGCGCUACCGUAAAACAAUCUCCUUCAAGUCUGUAGACGCUGAGCUAAAACAGCUGGCGUCACUUGGCAACAGGCUCCGCCUUUUUAAAGGCACACACUCAAGCACUCUUUUCUCAUGAAACAUCUCUCAACUGCAUACACCAGAUACAGAUGAAAAUGUUAAAAAAAUAAAUA